AUGGAAAACACGCCGACGUCCAUCACUAUCCCCGAACAACGCCAUCGAGCGACCGACGCCGAGGUCGGCUGCUCACCGUCCUCGUACUCGAGUAUCCCGAGCUCGCCAGAGUCGUCACCCAAGACCCCAUCACGCGUGGCACGGAAGCAGAGGAUGCUACACACCAGGCGCCCGAGCCUUUUAAGCUCGGCGUUCACAAAACAGGAAUGUACCACCAUCAAGAUAGGCGACGAUUCCGAAGGGCCCAUGCGGCUGGUCACCUAUCUCUCUUCUGGUCAAGGCUUUGUCUGGAACCCCGAGAUCUUCGUUCCGUCUUUCUGCGAUUAUGAGUAUGUGCCACUCGAACAGCGCCGCGACCCCGUGCAUGAGAUCUACCUGAGCGACGAGGAGAUCAAGAGAAUGCUUCCUCAAUAA